GCUAAAUGUGUGGGUGUGUGUGUAUGUGAGAGUGAGAGACAGCGUAGACAUGUCUUGACGGAUUAUUGGAUGGACCUGCUUCUUCAUCACGCAGAAGGAGUUUAAUUUUUUCUUUUUUGUUUUUGGGUUGGAUGGGACAUAAUCAGCAAUGGAUGAAAUGAAAUGAAAAACUAAAAACAACAACAACAACAAAAAAAAAAACAAACUGAAAACUUCUUCAGGUGAGCAGGGAGAGGACAAAUAUGGACGCAGAGAGUCUGGUUCAACACAUUGAACGAGACAUGGAGGAGGCCACCUCGUUCCCCCCGUCAGUGACCGGCGACUGGCUGGAGGACGACAACGAGACGACCGUGAAUCAGUUCCAGCAGCCCGACUGGCAGGUGGCUCUGUGGGCUAUAGCCUACUCCCUCAUCAUCCUGGUGUCCAUCACUGGGAACGUCACGGUGAUCUGGAUUAUUCUCGCUCACAGACGCAUGAGGACUGUAACGAACUACUUCAUCGUUAACCUCGCCUUCUCUGACGUCUCCAUGGCGUCCUUCAACACUCUCUUUAACUUUGUGUACGCACUUCACAAUGACUGGUACUUCGGCCUGGGCUACUGCCGAUUCCAGAACUUCUUCCCCAUCACGGCCAUGUUCUCGUCGAUAUACUCGAUGGCUGCCAUCGCGGUGGACAGGUACAUGGCCAUCAUCCACCCCCUGAAGCCCCGCCUCUCCUCCACCUCUACAAAGGUUGUGAUCGCACUGAUUUGGAUAGUGGCCGUCUGCCUGGCUUUCCCUCAGUGCUACUACAGUGUGACCAGAUUUUACUACCCGAGGACCGUGUGCAUGGUCGACUGGCCUGACGACUAUGGAGGAAAACAUCAGCUAAGUUACCAGUUUGCAGUGAUACUGCUGAUCUACUUGCUCCCCCUGCUGGUGAUGCUGGUGACCUACAGCUUAGUUGGCCGGACGCUGUGGGGUGGACACAUCCCUGGGGAGGCGACGGAACAUUACCACAGCCAGAUUACGGCCAAGAGAAAGGUGGUGAAGAUGAUGGUUGUCGUGGUGGUGACCUUCGCCCUCUGCUGGUUGCCCUAUCACAUCUACUUCAUACUGGGAUCAUUUAACAGGGACAUUUAUAAACAGCAUUACAUUCAACAGGUAUACCUGGCCAUAUUCUGGUUAGCGAUGAGUUCAACCAUGUACAACCCAAUUAUUUACUGCUGCCUAAACCAAAGGUUUCGCGCUGGCUUCCGUCAUGCGUUCGCCUGGUGUCCCUUCAUCAAAGUGUCUGAGGAGGACAAGAUGGAACUGCAGCACACGCACACCUUCAGAGUCACCAUGACACGCAGCCACCGCAAGGACAGCUCGUACGCCCACACCUCCAUCAAAACAAACCACACGACGAUCGACGCGAAUGUGGCUGAAAGCAUGGAGCUGAGCACGAAGAGAAAAGGGACGCCAAAAACACACGGCGGGCACAACACACACGCUGUGAACAGGCCGGACGAUACAAAAUCCUCAGCUGCCAAACUCAUGCAGCACGGCCACUGACUGCUGAAGCAAAUCGACAUGAGGAGGGCAGCAGCGGUUUGUCUGCAGCAGCAACAGAGCAGCUGAUGAUAAGAAGACAAUAAAGACACAAGAGAGCCAAUGGCAAUGUGGCAAUGUUCACACACACACACACACACACACACACACACACACACACACACACACACAGAAACCUUGAAGAAUUGUUCAUUGGACUUUGGACCAUUAACCCUUUCUGUUGAGGAUGUGCAGUUUAUAAAUGAAUGUGACUAUCAAACUGAUGCCAAAUAUAAGCCUGUGAAAACAUAUUUAUAAAUGGAACUUCGCCUGUGGACUGGACAACAAGGGAGGCUUAUUCAUGCACUGUUAGUGCUCGCUGUGUGUGGGAAUCAGUUAUUUCUUUUAUCUUCCACCUUCUACAUUCCUUCCUCCAUCGCUGACAUUUGUUAUCGCUUUUUCCUCUUCUCCUUUGGAGUAAGGCUGUGACCUGUAGAUAUGUUUUGUGUAAGUGUGUAACAAGUUGUAGCUGUGGUUGCUGGAUUUUUCAGAGCAUAUAACAGAUGAUCAGUCCACUGGCAUCAGCACCAAGCCUUAAUAUUGUUGUUUGUAUGUGGGUUUUCCUCUUCUUACUGCCUGAACACUGGACUUCUUCAUCGUCAGGGGUUUUUUUGUAAAAGGGAAAUUAUGCUCAUUUCUUUCUUUUUCUCCUGCACAAAGUGAUAAAGUGUUUCACUGGUAACUUGUGUGUGUAUUUUCAAAGUCACCGGCAUUCCAAAUGAGCACAGAAGUGCAGGUUAGCUCCAGUAGUGUGUGGGGGAUUGAAAAUAUAAUAAAAGCCUUUUCCCAAGGUGUCAUGUCUGCAGUGAAAUAGAUAAGUUAAUGCACUUAUGUCUGAGAAGCUCUGUAGAAUAAACUCGGCAUUUAAGAGAUUUUCUUGUUUAACUGUCACCACAGUUAAAAGCGAUCUACCUUCGACUGCUGUCCAACUUGCUGCACACAUGAAGUUAGCAGAAAGACUUGGCUAUUUAUACUGUAACACGGGAAGUUACACACUGAUGACUGUGUAUGUGGAGCAGUAAGGCUAAUAUGGACCAACUGGAGUAAAGAUAUCAUCAACAUUUUCUUAAAACAUUCUAUAUUCACCAGCGAUCAAUACAUUUUAAGAGGCAGUGAGGAGGCUGCCAUCAACUCUGAUGUUAACUGUUUAUUGUUGUUGUUAUUAUUAUCUUUUAAAAGGAAAAUCAGUCUUGAAUUGAUCUGAAUUCACAGUAUUUUGCUGGAUCUCCAUCAUUAGCUAUCAAGUUAGCAUGUAUCCGUUACUGUACAGCACAUGUGCAUUUAUAUGGUAUGUUGCUCAUAUAUUGUGAUUUCACUGCUUUAUAUGACUGUAACUUUUGUAUGGUCGGUAUAUUGUAAAGUCCAGAUGAAAAAAAUAAAUAAAUCAAGGUGCUGCUAGAAGAAUCUGAUGUGAAAUGUAAACGCUGCCAUCUACUGAGAAUAUUGAUGUUAGUGGGAAUGUCAACGUGGGGUUUGUUGCUCACUUACAGUCGGGUCGUGAUGGUGUAAAUACUGUAGCUCGUUCACAUUUCAGAAUGUUUUUCAUUCCCCGUGCUAACAUUUAAAAACACGGUGAAAUAUCUCUAUUUGUUGUCGACGCAAAACGGCAGGUUGGUUGUUUGUGGCCUAAAUAAAAAAUAAUGUGUUUAA